AUGCGUGCACGUCGAGUGUCUUGGGCGCAUGGCAGCGGCGGCGAUGGCAGGGGAAGUACAAAUAGCCACCUCGCUGGGAGCAUUCCUCAGCGCUGCCUCUCAGCCUUCUUGCAUUCGCCUUGCAUUCAACUCGACGUUUCGAGCGCGCGCUCGCUCGGCCUUCCGCGUUUCGCGGGAAGGAUCGGCGGGUUGGUGGGGGGAACGGGAACAAGCGGUAGCUGGUCCUUCUUCCGCCACCCCCAGACCAGCGGCGGAGGCGAAAGUGGCGCGACGAGCGGUGGGCAGAGCGGGCAGGGCGGGUUUGGCUCACAAGGAGGUGGCGGGGUGAGUGGACAACCAGGUAGUGCGGGCGGAGGGGCGAUGGGCGGGGGAGGUAUGGGCGGAAGCGGCAUGGGCGGGGGAGGCAUGGGCGGAGGAAACAUUGGCGGUGGAGGCAUGGGCGGAGGAGGCAUGGGCGGAGGAGGCAUGGGCGGCGGAGGAGGCAUGGGCGGAGGAGGCAAGGGCGGCGGAGGAGGCAUGGGCGGAGGAAGCAUGGGCGGAGGAGGCAUGGGCGGAGGAGGCAUGCGCGGAGGAAGCAUGGGUGGAGGAAACUUGGGCGGAGGAAGCAUGGGCGGAGGAAGCAUGGGCGGAGGAAGCAUGGGCGGAGGAGGCAUGGGCGGAGGAAGCAUGGGCGGAGGAGGCAUGGGCGGAGGAAGCAUGGGCGGAGGAAAUAUGGGCGGGGGAGGCAUGAGUGGGGGAGGCAUGGGCGGAGGAAGCAUGGGCGGAGGGGGAAUGGGCGGGGGAGGCAUGGGCGGCGGAGGAGGCAUGGGCGGAGGAAGCAUGGGCGGGGGAGGCAUGGGUGGGGGAGGCAUGGGCGGAGGAAGCAUGGGCGGAGGGGUAAUGGGCGGGGGAGGCAUGGGUGGCGGAGGCACGGGCGGCGGAGGCAUGGGCGGCGGAGGAGGCAUGGGGGGUGGCAGUGGGUCAUCGGGUGGGAGUGCGUGUGGCAACAGCAGCAGCAGCAGGAGCGCCAAGCUCACGAGCAGCAAUGGCAAGAGGUGGGCCCCUUCUUCCUUUCUCUGCCACUCUGCACGCCCGCUCAAGCCAUUUCGUCCGCUCAUGUCUGUUCUUCUGGCCCCCCUUCUUCCUUUCCCUCACCCUAGCCCUCCUGCCUUGCUCGCCCUACCGUGUCCCCCCUGCCCUCUCCCCCCUGCCCUGCUUCCCCUUGCUCUGGUGAUGUCAAGCAACGGGUGCCCGGGGUACGCAUGGCGAGUGCAGGCCACGCUGUACUCGCCAGUGCAGCAGGCACUGUCUUUCGCCGUGCCGCUCGCCCCCACGCUCGCCUCCUCCGCCAUCCCCGUCGCCCUCAACGGUGUCUGCAAGAUGGGGCCCAUCGGCUUCGCGCUCAACGGCAUGCCCUUCUACAGCGCGUCCUUCUGGCAGGACACCCCCUCCUCGCACUCCCCCUUGCUGGGCUUCCUAGCGGACGGCAUUCCGCUCUUCGGCCCGCGGGGAGCGGGGGGAGCGCUGCCGGCAGGGGUGGACGAGUGUGGGGGCCACGUGGGCGACGGCAGCAGCGGCGAGCCGGCGUUCUACCACUACCAUGCCAGCAGCACCGCGCCCUACACCGUCGCCUGCCUCAGGGGCUGCGUCUCCUCCUCUGAUUGGGGCACCCUCGGCUCCGCCUCCUGCAGUAAGGCCACCAGUGAGUGCCCAGGGCUGUGA